AUAGCAGAACUGAGAUGAGUAUCAAUUCGGAAAGUCCUGACACCAAAAUGAAGAUCCUGAUAAUCAUAGCGUUUGUUGCUCUGUCUCAAGCUGACGAGACUGAUAACAUCAAGUUAGCAGCUGAUAACCCUCAGAAACUUCAAGCUCUCUUUAGCCAGUUCAGACAAGAUAACCAUCGGGUCUACAAGAAUGCUCUCGAAGGCAGGAUGAGAAUGGCUGUCUUCAGAAACUUCGUUAAGAAAGCAGCCAAGAUAAACGCUGAACAAGACGAUAUCACAGUUGGAAUAACUUUCUUCGCUGAUCUGACUGAAGAGGAAAAGAGGGCGUAUCACGGUGCUAACGUUACUGACCAGGUAGAAGACGCAGAAGAAUACGUCGCUGACGAGGACGAGGCAGCACCAGCCUGGGGCAGCUCCAUCUCACACAAACACCGUUACGGAGCCGUCAAGAGCCAGGGCACAUGUGGUAGUUGCUGGAGCUUCGCUUCUGUUGGUCUCGUUGAGGGAUACCAGUCCGCACUAACAGGCCGAUAUACAGCUCUCUCAGAGAAGAACGUCCUGGAUUGCUCUAAUUGCGGAAGCUGCAAUGGAGGUUACCACACGCAGGCCAUGAACUGGAUCAAGAGAUACAACAAACUGGCCUCCGCAUCUAGCUACCGGUACUCACCAUCCAAGGGAAGCUGUCGAGGAAGCAGUCACCGGAACGCUAUGACCAUCAGAGUGUCCUCAGUGUACACUGCACGAGGUAGCACUAACAUGGCCAGCGCUCUCAAGAAGGGACCUGUUAUUUUCUACCUUUACAACUUCCACGGAGUCGCUGUCGAGGGAUACAAAGGAGGAGUGCUGACUUCAGCCAACAACGGACCCCGAGCAAUGAACCACGUGGUAGUAGGAGUAGGCUACACCUCCACUCAGUGGCAGAUGAGAACAGUUGGGGGUCCUGGUGGGGCCAGGGGGGAUACUUCAGCAAGUCCAGGAGUGAUAGCAUGGUGGCCAGCAAUGUGGUGUGGAUGA